CUUGUUUAUUUCAGAAUGGCGGACAGGUGGGCUUGAAAUUUCCUUCUCUUCAUUAUUAUCGCCUCGUAUUCUGUGAAAGCGAUUCCAGGGGCAAACUUCUAAUUAUCUUUCAAUUUAUCUUCGAGAUAUUAUAAAGACGGACUGUUGUCCAAGGACGCGGGGACACGGGAGAGGAUGAAAGCGUACAUGGAGAAACAGCUGACUGACCUACAUUACCAGCAGUCAGGGUUUAACUUCAAGGACAAAUUUUAUGCAGUUUUCUUCGGGGCUUUGAUCAUCGUUAUGUUGCCCUUCCUACACAUAGGGGUGUUUUACCGGCUGAUCUGGGUGCCAGACAAACCUCCCAUUGACAGGUAUGGCUGCGGAUGUACCUGCUUCGACACAGUGUUCAGAGGUCGUUACGAGAUGCCGGGCCCGGGUGUUGCCUACAAGCACAUCUACUUCAACGCUACGAAGGAAACCUUCAAGAUCUGGAUCGCUACAGUCAUCUUCGUUCUGCUGUUCUACGAGAGCGUCAAGUACCUGGUGGCGUUGUUCCGCCGCGGGUCAGUGCGAUGGAGCAUGUUCCUGCUGUACGUCGCCAACCUGUACCCCCACUACUACUCCUGGUGGUCCUUCUUCAGCUACUACAACGAGGAGUUCUACACCUACUUCAAACACCACAUGUUCUUCGCCAUCACCGAGAUCAUCGCCACUGUCAUCGUCCUCAGCCUCUGCAACGCGCAGAACGAUGUAGCAUCGUGGAAGAUCUCUGCCAUCGUUACCAUCAACACUAUUCAUAUUCUUGUCAGCGGACUGGAUCAGUUUAUUUCUCACGUUCUGGAGGGACAUGGAACAGCGUUCCAGAAUGUUCGGAAUAUCGGCUUGAUGAUACCGGACUUCUUACACGUUGUUAUUCCUGUUGUUGUGUUUCUCAGAUGGGCGAGGAAAAAUGAAAUUCCUUUCUUUCAGCUGUGUUAUAAGGAGGAGUUGAUUAUGUGUGUUGUCUUGACAACGCUCGGUACCGUGCUGGGACGUGUGAUGUAGUAGAAUUAGGAAUUUGCUUAGUUUGUUUAUGUGAAGUGUCAUUAGACUUUGUAGGUAUUCGUGCAUCUUGCAUCUUAAUACAGCAUCACAUCCCCGAUUAUCCAGUGUACCGUUCUAUUAUGAUAUAUUAUUCAAAAGAAGUUAAGGACCACACGAUUCUUUCAUAUUACUAUAGUUAAUCUGUCAAAGAAUGGCAUCAAUUUGGCUGCAAAUUGCAACUGAAUGAGACUGACAUUUAACAUAGUAAACAUUUUUUUACUGGUUCAAGCAAGACUAGAUACAAAUUCUGAGGACUAGUGAAUUAUGGUUUACAAUUAGUCCUGGGGAUGAGUCAUAAAUUAUUUUUUUCCAAAAGGCUGGAUCUUCCUUGACGCAAAGCUGACGCACUGUUGUAUUAUUGAAAUACAGCUGAAUCUGCAAUACACCUAGUCCGUGAUCAUAUUUAAUGUAUCUAAUCCGUAAUCAUAUUAAAUGCAUCUUAUCCGUAAUCAUAUUAAAUGUAUCUUAUCUGUGAUCAUAUAAAAUGUGCCAUAUUGCAAUAACAAAUUUGGUAGACAUACAAAACAAGCUCAAAUGAUAUUGUUCUUUAUUUCCAGGGGCGGUCGGGUAGCCUAGUGGUUAAAGCGUUCGCUCGUCACGCCGAAGACCCGGGUUCGAUUCCCGACAUGGAUACAAUGUGUGAAGCCCAUUUCUGGUGUCCCCCGCUGUGAUAUUGCUGGAAUAUUGCUAAAAGCGGCGUAAAACCAUACCCACUCACUCUUUAUUUCCAACGAAAUCUUCGUGUGCAUGAGUCGGCGGUUUGAUGAUUAGGAAAUAAAGUUGUCUGUGAUUAAGGUUGUGGUGUAGGCACCUUCUGUCUGCAUAAUGAUAACUUAGGAUGUACCUAGUGAUGAAAUUUAUCUGCAAAUAUAACAACAAUAUUUCACUCAAUUCAACUUAAGUGAAACAAAUACUUUGUGCCAGAACUUCUUUCAGUCUGCCUCUGAUACUAUGACUUACGGAGUAAGGUAAGUCAGAAAAUUGUAAAUAAGCAGGAAAAAGAAAUCAGUUUUUCUCAAAGAGUAUAUUUAUCUCAUUUUGUAACCACUUGCUCCUAUCCGUACCUAUCAAGAAGACUCGUCCACCUAGGCACUGUGUGAAAACAGUAUGAACCAAUCAGAAUGCAUGUAUAUCUGAGUACUUUGGUACAGUCCUUCCAUUUCUAUGUUUGUUUCUGUAGGUAUAGUGUGUACCUAAACAUAUACCAAAGUGACGAUCAUGACUGUUUCCAGUCAAGCAGUUAUAACAUUGUUGAACAUAUAACAUAUAUUCUGAACAAAUUUUAGCAAUAACUCAAUUUUAGCUCACCUGGCUGAAAGUCAGAAGGGCAGAUGUUGUUGCUUGUUUGUCAGUUGUCCAUCGUUCAUCAUCUGCCAAAGCAUAGUAAUCAUAUCUCAUAUCAUAUGCCACAGCAUCCAUAUUGAAAAAACUAGUUAUGCCAUCAUUCAGCCACAUGUCCAAAAGUUAAUGAAAUUUGGUAUGUGUUUUGUUUGAAGGGGCUUAACACACGUUCUGUUUUUUUAAGCAUUUGUGUAAAUGAUGACCUUGAUUUAACCAUUCUGUUUUCACUAUGCUCUUAAAUUCUCACAAGAUGCAUCUUCUCUGAUAAUUGGCAGAUUGGGGAAGAGAAACUUUGGCAUAUGCCUCAUUAGGAUGUUAGUGUUAUUUAUGGCCCUCAGUAGGGCUGGGAUGGGUAACUCGGGUACCCGUUUCGGGUAGGUACUGAGUAGGAUACGGGUAUCCACAGGACUACCCGGACCUGUGGUUAGUCACAUGAUAUAUUGUCUAAUGAAUAAACUUAUCUAGAAAUCUAUGGUUACACUACAAGUCAUUAAUGUUUGUUUUUCUUUCUGACUAUGCACCCAUUCCUUCUGAUUUUUCAUAUGGUUGAAUAAAGAUAUAACUUAAGUCAACUUCAGCAUAUGCAUGACCAG